AAGAACACCACCUUCUUUGCUUCUUCUUGAAUUCAAAAAUCAACUUUUGAGAUCCUUCAGAUUCUGGAUGAAAUCUGUAGGAUACUGCUUUCCAAACUGUCAAAUAUCCUAUUACGAUUAUGUAUCUUUUUGACCAUGAUAGCCUCACAUUUAAAAUGUCAUAUUUUGAUUUUGAUUCAUUACAAUUAUAUUCCCUCUCACACAUUCUCUCUUCUAUUAUAUUUCAUAUACAUUUUUCUAUCUCACAAAAAUAUUAUCUUUCAAAUAAUGGGUAUGGCUGCAGAGACUCAAUUCCAUGUUUUGGCUGUUGAUGAUAGUAUUAUUGAUAGAAUGUUGAUUGAAAGGCUCCUCAAAACUUCUUCUUUUCAUGUUACUGCAGUGGAAUCUGCUAGUAAGGCUUUAAAAUUUCUUGGUUUGGUUGAGGAUGAACUUAGGACUUUUGAUACUCCUGUUGCUUCAGAAAUUCAUCAGGAUGUAGAUGUGAAUCUGAUCAUAACAGAUUAUUGUAUGCCAGGGAUGACUGGCUAUGAUCUGCUGAGAAAAAUCAAGGAAUCUAAAUCUUUUAAAGAUAUACCAGUUGUGAUAAUGUCCUCUGAGAAUGUUCCAUCAAGAAUAAAUAGAUGUUUGGAAGAGGGAGCUGAAGAAUUCUUCUUGAAACCAGUUCAACAAUCAGAUGUAAACAAGCUGAAACCUCAUUUGUUGAAAUCAAGAGUUAAGGAAGAGGAAGAACAAUCCAUCAACAACAAAAGGAAGAGCAUGGAAGAAAAUCAUUCACCAGAUAAAAGUAGGACAAAAUUUAGCAUUUAAAAAUUGGUUUCAAAUUAAAUUUGAUGAUAAUACAUAGGUAGUGAGAAGAGUAGAUGCCAAUUCAAUCAUGCAAAAAGAGAUAAACUUUACAAGUUUUUUAUGUAAAUAGCUGAGAAAAAAUUUCAUUCAAUUUGUUUAGUUUUUAACAAUUUAUUUUUGACAAUGUUUUGCUUCCAUCAUGUCUCUUAUGGUUAACAGGGAAACUUUUUCUUUUA